GCUUCGGAGCGGGGCCUCCGAGGAGCGGGCAAUGGCGCUGGCUCGCUGAGGAGCGUCUCCUGCCUCGGGAAGGGCAGCGCGCGGCCGGGCCGAGCCCCGCGGCGGCCGACAUGGCCUGCUGUCACAAAGUGGCGCUGCUGGUGGACACCGCGGGCGACGCCGCUCGCCACGGCCCGGCCCGGCGUGCCGCCCUGCGCCUCCUCACCUACCUCAGCUGCCGCUUCGGCCUGCCUAGGGUCCACUGGGCCUUCAAGUUCUUCGACUCUCAGGGAGCACGGAGCCGGCCGUCCCGCGUGUCUGACUUCCGUGAGCUGGGGAGCCGCUCCUGGGAGGACUUUGAGCAGGAGCUGGAGGCCAGGCUCGGGGAUCGCGCUCCCGGCGCCCACCUGCCCGGCCCGACUCCCAGGGCCACCCUCACCCACGGGGCCCUGAUGGAGACGCUGCUCGACUACCAGUGGGACCGGCCGGAGAUCACGUCGCCCACGAAGCCGAUCCUGCGGAGUAGCGGGAGGAGGCUGCUGGACGCGGACAGCGAGGCCAGGGAGGAGGCCCUGGCCGCGCUCGGGGGCUUUGGGAACGCCGUCUUCCUCCUGGCGCCCUGUCCCCACUCGCAGAGGGAGCUGCUGCAGUUCGCGUCGGGGUGCGAGGCCCAGGCUCAACGCGUGCCGCUCACCCCCAAGCAGGUGAUGGAGAAGGUGUUGCCCAAGAGGGUCCAGGAGGUCAUGGUCGCCCGAAAUAUAACCUUGUUCUGGGUGGACACCACCGAGCAGUCUAAGUUGUGGGCCUCUCCAGACCACAUUGGGUACUGGACAGUUUGUGAACUGCUCCACCAUGGAGGAGGCACCAUCUUGCCAUCUGAAACUUGGAGCCUGGGUUUUACUAAAGUCGGGGAAACAGUUCUGCAGAGUGGUGGUGAGCUGUCACGUGAACCUCUCCUCUCUUCAUGGAUCUCCACUCUACCAAUAGAUGCCACUGUAAACUGCCUACUCUAUAAUUCUCCUGAGUAUGAAGCCUCAUUUCCCCAAACUGAAGGAACAUUAUUUCUCCCUGUUAAAGGCAAAGAAAUUCAAGAACCAUGGGCAAUCUCCCUAGAGCCCUUAGCCAUGCAUCAGAGACAUUUCCAGAAGCCAAUCAAAAUAUUUCUAAGGGGCUCAGUGGCCCAGUGGUCUCUCCCAAUGAGUAGUGCUUUAGGCACUGACAACUGGAUGCUACAAAGUCCAGAGGGACACAAGUCAACUCAAAGGCUGUUGUUUCAGGAGCUGGUUAGCAGACUGACUGCUGAAGAAUUCCAUCUGGUUGCCAGUGUGGAUCCUGGUGAAGGCUGGCCCCCCAUCACAGGAAUUAUUUCCCCAUUCUCUGCCAAUGCCAUGAUUCUCACAAUUUUCAGAGCCAAAGAAGCUGAAUUUCAAAGACAUUUUCUCCAGACAGCUGUGGCUGAAGAUCCCCAGGAUAUAGCUUCCCUUUUCUCAGAUGUUGUAGAUAGUGCACUGACUCAGGUUCAUAAUUUAUUUGAAGACCCUGCUUCUUCUGCUCCCUGUGUUCCAGAGUGGGUCCAGCAGGAGCUUAGUCGCACCAGUCCCUGGAGUCCAGCUCUUAUGGAAAAGUGGUUCCCUUUCUCUAACGUCAGCGGUGCCACUGCAGACUUGAUGGAGUCAUUUUGGUUAUUACAUGCUGCCUCACCUGAUAAUGAAGAAUCCUCUAAAACUGAAAGUGAGGUAACACGCUGCCUCUCUGAACUCUACCAGAAAAAAUCUCAUGAAGAAUCUACUGUAGUUAAUCAAGACCGCAGCAGAAAGAAACGUGGUAUCCCUCGAACUCCAGUGAGACAGAAGAUGAAUACCAUGUCCCGAUCCUUGAAGAUGUUGAAUGUGGCGAGGCUAAAUGUAAAGGCUCAGAAGUUACACCCAGAUGGUAGUCCAGACGUGGCUGUGGAGAAAGGGCUCCAAAAGACAGUGGGCGGCAGAACAGGAGAUAAAUCAGAAGACAGAGGAAGAACCUUAAGAAGUUCUAAACUUAAAGACUUUAAAACUGAAGAGGAGCUACUGUCUUACAUACAUGAAAACUACCAAAAGACUGUGGCUGCAGGAGAAAUCACAUUGUAUUCAUGUGCUCAGAAUUUGGUCUCGACCAUUAAAGUGUUCCUAAAGUCGAAGGACGUCAAGGAAUUAGAAGUGGCUUGCCUGAAUCAUAUGAACAGUAACCUCUUAAAAACCAGCAAAACUCUCCGACAGGAUCUAGGGGGAAAGCUGGAUAAAGAAGAUAAAGUCAGAGAGUGCCAGCUUCAGGUGUUUCUUCGUCUGGAGAUGUGUCAGCAGUGCCCCUCAGUACUGGAAAGUACAGAUGAGGUGGAACAAGUCGUGGAGGAGGUGACAGAUUUGCUACGCAUGGUGUGUCUCACUAAGGACUCGGCAUACCUGUCAGAGUUUCUGGAGGAAAUCUUGAGACUGUAUAUUGACUCCAUCCCAGGGACAAUUGGACAACUUUACCACAGCCUGGGGUUAAAGAUUCCUCAGAAGCUGGCUGGUGUCCUUCCUACAGAGUUUUUUAGUGAUGAUUCUAUGACUCAAGAGAGCAUGUCACCACCUCCCUCAUCAAGUGCUCACAGAUCAGUGUCAGGCAUUACUGAAUCUGAGCAGCUGGAGGAGCUGCGGACCAGAUCAGCCAAGAAGAGAAGGAAAAAUGCACUAAUAAGACAUAAAAGCAUUGCAGAGAUUUCACAGAGUCUUCGACAAAUUGAAGUUCCCAAAGUGUCCAAGAGGGCUAUGAGAAAUGACAACUCUCGCCUUGUAUCUGCACAGCCACCACUCCCAAGGAAAGACACAGUUCAAGAAGUGACAAAAGUCCGAAGAAAUCUCUUCAACCAGGAAAUGAUGUCUCCUUCAAAGAGGGGGCUGAAGCGGGGACUGCCUCGAAGCCAUUCUGUAUCAGCCUUGGAAUCUCUACACCACAAACAGAACAACUUCAAGAAGACCAAAAGCAGUACAUUUCAAGGUUAUCCCAAACUGCUGACUAAGAGUGUAGCCGAGACCCCAGUCCAUAAGCAAAUCUCCAGGCGACUGCUUCACAGACAGAUCAAGGGCAGGUCUUCUGAUCCUGGUCCUGAUAUUCAUGUAGUUGAAGAGUCUCCUGUAAAAGAGGAUGAAAUAAGUUUGAGACGAAGUCCUCGAAUCAAGCAGUUGCUGUUUAGCAGAACAAAUUCUGGUUCCUUCUAUUCUGUGUCUCAGCCAAAGUCUCGAAGCGUGCAAAGACUCCACUCAUUCCAGCAGAAGUCAGACCAAAGAGAACAUUUUCCAGUCCAAAGUAAUCAGUCUCCUAAAACACUUCUUUUUGGGGCACUAUCUGAGAUACCUGGCUCCCCCAAAAAGGGCUCGGCCCGAAUUAGGAAGUCCUCAAGAAGCAUGUUGGAUUCUGAGAUGUCUACCGCUUACCAGACUCCCAAAAAGAGUAACCAAAAAUCUCCAAGCUUUCCUAAGACUACACCAAGAAGGUUCCCUCGUAUGGCACAGACUUCACUGUGCACUCCGGAAAAACAAAACUCCCCUACAGAAAUAACUCCAGCUGAGGGGGCCAUUUCUGAGGCAUCCUCCUCACAUGGUUACAGUUCACCAUUGGCAUCAAAGGUCACUCCCCACAAGAGAGCCUCCAUAGCAGAAGAGACCUCUCCUCUUCUCACAGAGCUGCCCAGCACACCCAUGGGGCCAGACGUCCAACUACCUCGACGCUUGUCAGACUGCGCAUGGCCACACUCAGUGAAUUCCAGUCCAGAAAGCCCUUAUUGUCCCGCAUCCCCACCUCCCUUGACUGCCACGUCCCAGAGUCAGUGUCUAAGUCCCGGAAGAUACUUCAGAACACCUCCACGUACAGCCCUUGCUGGCACACCUGAGCAUCAGAAGCCCCGACAACUCCCUCUGCCCAGGACCUCUCAGGCACAGGAACCUACACAGGAACUACAGGAGAAAGCUGUCAAAAUCCCCAAGCAACCAACAGACCCCGUUACUUCUUCCCAACCUCUUUCUCCUAAGGAACACUUUACUUCUGGGUGUGAUGGUUCCCAGCAUCAGCUUAGGAAAUCUUCGUCAGCCUCCCCUCCUCCUGGAGAACUAAGUUGGAAAGCUCACCCGACAUCAUCCAGCACAGCAAUCCCUGUUCCCUCAACUCCUCCCAGAACCCCACGGAGAAUGAUCUCCUGCCCCAUCCCUCCUUCUCCGCCAUCUAAGCUUAGGAGACUAUGGAGAAAAACCUCUAGUCCUCAGGACUUCCCAGAGUGCCAGCCUGGACCCUCUGCUGCUCCAGUGCUUGAGGCAGCUGCCAUCACAGGCUCCAGAGGACAGCAAUCUCCAUCUUGUGAAGGACAGAGCACUGGCUUCAGAAAUGACUGGCAGGUAUCCUCUCCUGUGCUCAUUGCAAGUGACACAGAGCACCUUCCUCUGGUUGGUGAAGCCCAACUUCAUAGCCUUGAGAGCCAUGAGGUAAAAAGUGCCAUCUUGCCAGAAGGGGAGGCGCCCAAGACCACCAUUGCUGAUGAACCUCCCUCUGUGUCUGGCCCUGGGAUUCUUCCACCUGUCCCUUCCUCUGUGUGCAGCUCCCCCGAGCUGCUGCCCUACACCUGCAUGGCAGACAGGCAGAGCAAGGCUGCUGCUCAGCAGGGGAGCCCACAAGCUUCACAGGCCACUGGCAGCCCGCAGACCUAUGAGGUUGAGCUGGAGGUGCAAGCUGCUGGCGUCCCCAAGCUCCAAAUUAAAAAGAUAGACCCUGGAGCUCUUCCGGAAGCUGAGGCCCUUGGAGAGGACAGCCCUCUGGGAGAGGAGGGCGCCCUCCCUGCUCUCAGCAUGCCUAAGGCCAGUAAGUCCUCCAGUAGAGCUGAGCACACCUAUCUGUCACCCCCUUGCCUCCACCCCUCCCACAGCACGCCUGGCAAGAGUGGGGGGCAAACCUUCAUCUGUCAGUCUUGUACCCCCUCCCGUGGCCCACCCAGUACCCCCUCUCCAUUUCAAGCAGAUGUUGGGGUUUCUUGGACACCAUCCCCCAAGCAAAGUGGGAAGACCACUCCUGAAAUUAUCAAAGACUGGCCCCGAAGGAAGCGGGCGGUGGACUGCAGUGCUGGGCCCUUUGCUGGAAGAGGCGAGGCCAAUGCAGACUUCCCUGGGGCUCCAUCAGUGGCUGAGCCUGAGCCUGAGCCUGAGGGAAAGGAGCAGAGCCUUGAGCAUCUCCUCCCUAAGGUUCUUGUUCUGGAGGAUUUUGAACUAGAGGGGGUGUGUCAAUUGCCAGACCAGACACCUCCCAAAGACAGUAUGUCUAAGGCCGAGGAAGCCUUCUCCUGGGGACAGUUUGGACUAGGCUCCCGGAAGAGGUGCCUGUCUGCCAAGGAAGAAGAUGAAUACGAUGCCAAAAGGGUCUGUGAUUCCCUGAGCGAAGAUCCCCAAGCUAGCAAGCAUGGAGAGUGGUCUCCACAUUGGAGGACGCCACCACUCCGCUCUGUAGGGGAAGACGAGGUGUUUGUUUCUGGCUCCACCCCACCCUCUGGCUGCAUGGUACGGAGCUGCCUCUCUGCCAGUGGUCUGCAGGCCCUGACACAGUCUCCAUUGCUGUUCCAGGGAAGAACGCCAUCCUCUCACAGCAGGGACACCAGAGAUGAGGAGGUGGAUGUGUUCCCCUCCACUACCGAGGAGUCUCCUUUCAGCCAAGCCUUCUCCCGGAGACGGGCUUUCAGAACCUACACGAGGAAGAAGCUCAUUAGCUAGCCCUGGCAGAACUGAGCUGGAGGAUUCAGUGAGGAACACUGUGAGCCUGGCCAGAUCUCUUGCGUUCCUGGAGUGGCACUUGACAGUGGCUUUCUCUGGAUGUGGAAAUGAUGCCAAGCUCAAACCACCAAUCCCAGCAAUGUGCCCAGAACAGGAAUGGCCAGAACUUAAUGGAACUGAGAAAGUUCACAAGCAGCCUGUGGACUUAAAGACCUUGGGGACUUCGAAGAGUGUGGCUCUAUGCCUAUAGUCCCAGCACUUUGGAGGUGGGGGCGGAAGGCUCAGAAGAUUCUGACUGCAUAGCAAGUACAAGGACAGCCUGGGCUAUAUGAGACCCUGUCUCAAGAACACAGCAGACAUCAAGGGCCUUUUCCCAGUCACUGUUGGGCGUAACCACUGGAAUGCCUCACGGUCUUCAGAUCUCUCUCAUGGACUUCAUCGGGGGCAGGCCCUGGCCCUUUGGGAAAGAUUACGAAUCUGGUGGGCAGCAGGGUAGCUGGUACUCUAACUCAAGCAGCCUGGGAGUCUAGACAGCAAGCAGCCUGGAAGUCUAGGCAGCUAGCAAGGAUCCCAUUCCAGUGUCUCCAUACCAUGACCUCGGUGAAUCAGAGGAUCAGUGCCACAGUGGGAAAUGGAGGAAAACCCUUAACACAGUCCCUUGAGGUGCUUGCCAUAAGGUUGGAGUUCUCUGACACAAGCGGUACGUCAUAAACAGACCCGUAUGUGAAAGACUACAGCAAGAAGCUAGAUAACAGUAAAGUCACCCUGGCGAUUUAGCCUUCAGUAUUUUUGCCCAGGAGUGACUGUGACCAUGCUCCAGAGUGAUCAUAUUGCAGGGUCUGCCCUGAGAGGGUCAGCCCUUCUGUGGCUCAUUCUUCCCAUUGUCAGAUUCCAAGUAAAAACUCCCAUUUCUCCUUUCAGAGAUGUUCACCUUGUGUGCUUGAGGUAAACAACUACAAAUGAAGAGAAGGCCAACCUGGAGUGCCCGCCUGGGCUCAGUUCCCACACUGAGUAAAGAAGAGGCUUCAGGUUGGCUCAGGCUUUCAGAAGUCAAAGUUCUCGACUAUUUGUCCCUAACUUGUGUCCUGUGCACUGGCAGUGAGGCAACCAAGAAGUAGAGAGGAGGGGCAGGACUCCAAUAUCCUUCAGGGAUGGCCUCCAGUAACCUAACUUCCACUGGACUCCAACUCCCAUAGGGUCCUCAGCUCAGGACCAGCCUUCAGGAGUCCUUUGGGACACAUUUAAGAUGUAAACCAUAAUGAGAUUGUUUCUGUUUAUUAUUAAAUGAUAUUUUACAUUUUUCUAGAAAUGCUAAUAACUUUCCUAUUUCUCUCACCUACAUAAGACCACUGAAGCCUUAACCCUCUUGCCACUGACCAUUUUGUGACAAGCCUUGGAUGAUCUCCAGAUUUGCCUCACAAAUAAAAGGUUGCUGUCAGAUACUACAGCUUAAAGCAAA